AUGGCCGACACACUAUCUCUCGACGAGAUCCCCACCCUCACCUUGCUCUACAAGCUAAAGAAGAUCGUGCCAAGCGACGACAAGGGCCAGUCCACAUACAACGCGUCCGCUACCCUCAACGACAAGAUCAGCGUCAUCCGACAAGACAUCACAACGCUAGCCAUCGAUGCCAUCGUCAACGCCGCGAAUACUUCCCUUCUGGGUGGUGGAGGCGUGGAUGGCGCGAUCCAUCGCGCAGCUGGGCCCGGCUUGUUAGAAGAGUGUGAGACGCUGGACGGCUGUCAGACAGGCAGUGCCAAGAUCACAGAUGGCUACGAACUGCCUAGCAAGAAGGUUAUCCACGCCGUUGGGCCGAUAUACUGGAAGGAGGGCUCGCGCUCAGCAGAACUACUAUCAGGCUGCUACCGCACGAGCUUGGAGCUAGCAGUCGAGAAUGGCUGCAAGAGCAUCGCAUUCUCAGCGUUGAGCACUGGCGUCUACGGCUACCCCAGCGGUGAGGCCAGCACAGUUGCGCUCGAGACUGUGCGGAAGUUCCUCGAAGAAGAGGGCAAGGCGGACAAGCUUGACCGCGUCAUAUUCUGCAAUUUCCUCCAGAAAGACGAGGACGCGUACUUCAAGAAUAUCCCUGACUACUUCCCAUCGGUCGACUCCGACCCCAAGGCGCAAGACGAACAGUCCACCGAACCCUCCGAACUCGCAUCGCAACUUCCAGACGCCCCGACAGCCGACCCUAAAGAUACCGACGAUGCUCAACAGCCAUCUCCGAAGAAGCAAAAGACCACCGACACCGAUGAUGACUUUGUGGUGGUUGAGAAAGAUGACGUCAAGGAGGACAAGGCGAAGCCUGAGCUAUGA